CCGGCAGAGGAAGAAAACACCAAAAACAAAUUAAUUAGAAGUUAAAGGCUUCUCACAGCUGCGUGCUGUGUCAAGCAUAAUCAGAAACAACGUUACGUGAAGAAACACAAAUUUUCAAAGUAAUCUUCGCCCAUCUCCUCUGAUCUAUCUCUAUCUAUGGCAUCAAUUUGUUAUAAAGAAUAUGCCAUGUUUAUAUAUAAGCCAAGUUUCUUGUCAAGCCCCAAAUUCUUAUAUAAGCCUUGAUAUCGCCAACAAGUUUAGUUUCAUUACAGCAACAAAACAAAGAGACAAUUAGGCCAUGUGUCCAUGAUCAAGAUUCAUAGCUUUCACAGUUUCUGAUCUUCAUUCUCUGUAUUUUAAUUUUUUUUUUUUCUUUUUCCAAAUGGGUUCUUCCAGUACUUGUGGGGUUCCCAAACUUAUCUGUGUCGUGUUUGUGAUAUUGUUUCUUGGUUCCUGUGCUUCUUCAUCAUCUUCCUUGCACCCUUUGGUUGUCCAGUCACAGAUUAAACACCUUAACCACACGGCAAUAUCAGAGUUUAGGUUGCUAAACAGAAAAUUUCUUGGCAACUGUUUGAAUCCGAGCCCAUAUCUGCAAAUCAGUGUUAGCUCGAGUCCCGGUGGCCUUGGAGAUGAUGAGUUUGUGACUGUCAAUGUUAGUGGCAUCUUGAACCCUUCUAAAAAUGAUUGGGUGGCCAUGAUUUCACCUGCUAAUUCUGAUGUCUCAAUCUGUCCUUUGAAUACGUUUUACUAUGUACAGACUGGUGAUUUUAGUAAACUUCCUCUUCUCUGCCAUUAUCCUGUUAAGGCAACAUACAUGAGCACUGAUCCUGACUACCUCAGUUGCAAGAAGAAGGAAUGCCAAAAGUAUCAGAAUGGUACCAGUCACUGUGCUAUCUCCACCUGCAGUGGUUCGUUAACAUUUCAUGUUAUUAACAUCAGAACAGACAUCGAAUUCGUCUUGUUUUCUGGUGGAUUUGAGGUCCCUUGCAUUUUGAAGAAAGCAAACCCUCUGAAAUUUGCCAAUCCAAACAAGCCACUGUAUGGACAUCUCUCGAGCAUAGACUCAACUGGAACAUCGAUGAAAUUAACAUGGGUCAGUGGAGAUGAGAAACCUCAGCAAGUACAAUAUGGAGAUGGAAAAUCACAGACUUCAGUAGUUACCACAUUUUCACAAGAUGACAUGCAGAGUUCACCUGCUAUACCAAGUCCAGCCAAAGACUUUGGGUGGCAUGAUCCAGGCUUCAUUCAUUCAGCAGUGAUGACAGGACUUAAGCCUUCAUCUAGCUUCUCUUAUAGAUAUGGAAGUGAUUCAGUUGGUUGGAGUGAUCGAAUCCAAUUCCGCACCCCCCCUGUGGGAGGAUCUGAUGAACUCAAAUUUCUUGCAUUUGGCGACAUGGGAAAGGCUCCUCGUGAUUCUUCUGUCGAGCAUUAUAUUCAGCCAGGAUCCCUCUCAGUGAUUGAAGCCGUGACAGAUGAAAUAAAUUCCGGGAAUGUAGACUCUGUCUUCCACAUUGGAGAUAUAAGCUAUGCCACUGGGUUUUUAGUUGAAUGGGAUUUUUUCCUUUACCAAAUCAACCCUGUUGCUUCUCGAGUUUCAUACAUGACAGCUAUCGGGAACCAUGAGAGGGACUAUAUAGACUCUGGAUCAGUGUACAUUCUUGCAGAUUCAGGUGGGGAAGCUGGAGUUCCCUAUGAGACUUACUUUCCAAUGCCAACCCCAGCAAAGGAUAAACCAUGGUAUUCCAUAGAACAAGGAAGCGUCCACAUCACGAUGAUUUCAACAGAGCAUGACUGGACCAAAAAUUCUGAGCAGUAUAAAUGGAUGAAAAAGGACAUGGCUUCAGUUGAUCGAUCUAAAACUCCUUGGUUGAUAUUUAUGGGGCACAGACCGAUGUAUACAUCUGCCCCUGGAUUCCUGAGUGUUGAUGAAAAAUUCGUUGACGAAGUUGAACCAUUACUUCUGGCAAGCAAAGUUGAUCUGGCCCUGUUUGGUCAUGUCCAUAACUACGAGCGAACCUGCUCCAUUUAUAAGAGCCAAUGCAUGAAAUUGCCUAGCAAAGAUGAGGCUGGGAUAGACACAUAUGAUCACAGCAACUACAGUGCCCCAGUGCAAGCUAUAAUCGGAAUGGCUGGCUUUUCCUUGGACAAGUUUCCCACUGGUAUUAACAAUAGUUGGAGUUUAUCAAGGCAUUCCGAAUAUGGUUAUCUCAGAGCGCAUGCAACAAGGACAGAUAUCAAAUUAGAGUUUGUGAAUGCAAACACAAGAAAAGUUGACGACAGCUUCCACAUUACAAAAGCAUAAGUUAGAUAAAUUGAGUUUAACUGUGGCUUCCACAGUUUUUUCUUUAGAAACUAUAAGGCAAGAUAUAUUGCCCCCUUUAGUUAGAUAUAUGUAAUUAAAUUUGUAAGAGUAUGAGGAUGGAAACAAAAGUACAGUGUACAAAUGGAGCAAUACGUACACUAGAUGAACAAAUUACAUAGAAUUUCAUUUCUAAAACACA